AUGAGGUGGUUAACUGGUGAAGAAUGGAUCCUCGUCUCUGGUAAAGUCGCUGCUCUUUCUGGAGUAGCUGCUCUUGGGUUGGGGACUUAUGGUGCUCAUGCCUUCAAACCCAAAAACCCCACUUACAAAGAGGUUUGGCACACGGCAUCUCUCUACCACUUGGUUCACACAGCUGCUUUGGUUGCUGCUCCUGUCACCAAACGCCCCAAUAUUUUUGGAGGCCUUUUGACUACUGGAAUUGUGGCAUUCUCGGGGACGUAAGUGCCGCUAUCUUUUCCUUUUAUUCGUAAUGGUACAAAGGGUUUCUUGCAAUUGUACUAGUUCUCUAAAUUCCAAUUAAUUGGUUCAUUUGAAGUUCGUAUAGGAG